AUGAUUGGCCGGGAAGUCUCCUAUGCUAAUGAGGCGCGUCCCGCCUUGGCGUCGGGCGAGACCCUCAGCCCCGUCCCUCUCCCUCCUCCCGGGCCGCUCCUCAUGGCUCCCGCUUUUUACCACUACCUGCCAUUGCCCAUGGAUGAAGUUUGGAAGGACAAGAACUUCAGGGUCCCCAGGCUGCUGUGCCUGAUAGGGGUCCUGGGGCUCCUGGUGGUGAUGGCAGUGACCCUGGGCUACUUUGCCGUCAAAGCCAACAGCGAACCCUGCCAAGAUGGCCUCCGCGCGGAGCAAAGGUGCCACAAUGUCAGCCACCACCUGCAGGCCCAGCUGACCCGAGCCCAGAAGACCCUGCGGGACGCCGAUGCCGCCUGCAACAGCACCGUGGAAAACCUGAAUGCUGCCCUGACCGAGAUGAAAACGCAGGAGCAGAAGCAGCAGAAGCAAGUGCAGGACCUUAAAGAUGAGAUCAAGGAUUUGAAGCAGAAGCUGCAGAAGGCUGAGGAGGAGGCGCAGCAACUGAGCGACGAAAUGGCCUCCAGGCGGACGGGUGGCCGAAACGCGGCUGGCCGCGGGAACAUCCCCGUCGUCCCGGUGCUCGCGGCGCUUCUGCUCCUGGGCCUGGCCGUAGUGCGGCCCUGAGAUCUCGGAGCCAGCCGGCCACAGCCUGCGCUGACCCGGCUCCAGCUCCUGGGGUUCGAAGCCCCCCAACCUGCGCUUCUGCGGGAUGACGGGUUAGGGGGUGGGGUGGGUAUCGUGGGGCAGAGCCGAGCUGCAUCCCCGGACACAGCCCUUCUUGGGGUGGGGCGGGGCAGCUCUCCUGCUUCUCGCUGUCGCGUUUGGGGUCCCCUCCUUCUGGGGUCCUUCUGCUCCAAAGAAAUAAACACCCCUUUCCAGAGGACA